CCGCCGAGGCCUUCGGGACGGGCUGGGGCUGGCCGCUGCGGGCGGUGGAGCGCGGGCCGCAUGGAGAGACGCGGGCGAGGCGCGAAGCCGUCCCCGAGCCCGGCACCUCAGCUGCAGCCGCCGCCUCGGAAGGACAGGAAGCCCAGCAUGUUCGAGAGGGAGGCCUAUACACAGAUUUUAAAAGAAAGACUGAGAGACUCGAUUCAUGACGUUCAGUACGUAGAGCCUCCGUUCGAUGAUUCAAUUGCUGACUUGGGUAAAGAGUGGAGGAGUGCCCUGGCAAAAUUAAAGUUUGCUAAUUCGUAUAGAAUGGAGCCGUUGAAAAAAUUCCAAGCCCAUUCCGUAGAAACUAAAGUCCAGCAGAUACUAACAGAAAAUCUUAAAGAUGUCAAAUACGAUGAUAAAGUCUUCUCUCGCAUGUCACUUGACUUAGCAGACCGCAUCUUGUCAGCAGUGAAAGAAUUUGGGUACCAGCGUUACAAGUUCAUUAUAAAAGUAUUAUUUAUCCAGAAGACUGGUCAGGCAAUACAUAUUGCCAGCAGGUGGAUCUGGGACGCUGCCUGGGACAGCUGGGUCGCGGCGAAGCACGAGACGGAAACGCACGUCGCCCUGGCCCUGGUGUUUGCUCUCUUCCGUGAAUAGCUUGUCACAGCUACGGGAGCGCCGGCUUCUCAGCUUCCGAGAUCCGUGGCUUUAAAGAUUUGCA